AUGGAUCUUGAAGUAUUACUACUGGUAAUGUUGACCAUCUUUAGCCAUACAGGUGGGGAAAGGUAUGAGCUAAUGGUUCUGGAUGAGGAAGUAUUUAUCAGUUGUCGAGAUCCUGAUCCCAGAACACUUGACGUAAACGGCUUAUUUGAUUUGUCAAAUUUCUUAACAUCCUUGGAUGCCGACGGUAUAACCGUAAGCGGAAACGCAACUUUGAAAUGGGAGAUUCAACAGACGGAUCGCGUUCAGGUAACCGCAAACGUUUUGCAUUUGGACAGAGGCACCUGGAUGCCUACCGUAUUGUCAAUAAAUGUAAACGAUUUCUGCAAGGUUAUGUACGACAAAAAUCAGUACUGGUUCAAAUAUUGGACGCAGUAUAUCAUAAAUGAUGUUAAGGAUAAGUGUGUUAAUGUUCCCGGGACACAAUUUGAGCACCAGACCUUUAUUCUGAGCUUGACCGCCAGCCCGACAGGGACUUUUCCCGAAGGACGCUACAAAGCCCACGUGAUGCUCAGAGCUUACGAUUCCUCUGGAACAGAAAGACCAACUCGCAUCUGCUUUGAAGUACAGGGCGAUUUAAAAAAAGUUCGGUCGACAAAAUCAGGAGGGGCAAAGAAAUCUCUGCCUUAG